ACAAAGAUUGAAAGAGACAAAUAAUAUGGCUGUAAGUGGUCUCCAGCUUGAAUUGUCUUCUAUAAAACACACAGAUGUGAUCCAUUGAGUAACCAGGGACAAGAGCUUUCUACACGGAAAGAAAAACUAGCAGAAGGCCGAGGUCUCCUCCCAUAUCCAUUUCCAUCCACAUCAUAGAGAUCUAAAGCCAGAAUUACUCCAUGGCUUCACCGAGCAGAGCUGUAGAAUUCACCAAGGAGUAUUUCACAACAGUUGCCUCCAUCACUGCCUCGGCGAUGCUCGCUCGAACCAUCAUCAAUCAAUGCCUUCCCAAUGAGUUCCACAGCUUAGCUACCUCCAGCAUACAAAAACUCUUGAGCCGAUUCUCCACCACGGACACCAUCAUCAUCCAACAAACCGAAGGACUCCAUUCCAAUCAGCUCUAUGACGCCGCCAGCACCUAUCUGAGGACGAAGAUCUCCCUGACUAUGAAGCGGCUGCGGGCUAGUAAGAGCGAGGACAACAACAACAUCGUCAUCAGCCUCGAUGAUGGUGAAGAGCUCGUAGAUGAAUUCCAAGGAGUGAAAUACAGGUGGAAGCUCGUCAUCGAAGAUAAUCAGUCCACCUCCCGCGGCGGUAUAGAGAUAACCGUCAGAGUCAAAUGGUAUGAGCUCAGCUUCCACAGCAAGUACAAGGACAUGACAUUGGCCACCUAUUUCCCCCACAUCCUGGAGAGAUCCAAUGACAUUAAGACCGCCGACAGACGGUUGAAGCUUUAUAUGAACCAGUAUGACAGAUGGAGUUCCAUAGACUUAAAGCACCCUGCAACGUUGGAGACGCUAGCAAUGGAAGUAGAGCUCAAACAAAGGAUCAUUGAGGACUUGGCGAGAUUUGUCAAGAGAAAGGAAUACUGUAAGAAGAUUGGGAAGGCCUGGAAGCGAGGAUAUCUGCUCUUUGGUCCUCCAGGAACUGGCAAAUCAAGCUUGGUGGCCGCCAUUGCUAACUAUCUCAGGUUUGACAUCUACGACCUGGAUCUUAAGGAGGUUAACUCGAAUGUUCAUCUGAAAAAGCUGCUAGUAGCCAUGACAAACAAAUCAGUGCUUGUGAUUGAGGACAUUGACUGCUCCAUUAGUCUGAAAAACAGAUAUGAUGAGGAUGAGAGCGAGACGUCGGACAGAGAUGAUGAUAUGACACUCGUAACACUUUCGGGGCUGUUAAACUUCCUUGAUGGCUUAUGGUCGGCCAGUGGUGAGGAGAGAAUCAUCGUGUUGAUGACAAACUAUAAGGAUCGGCUUAACCCAGCAUUGCUGCGACCAGGUAGAAUGGAUAUGCACAUCCAUAUGGGUUAUUGUGGUCAAGAUAGCUUCAGAAUGCUGGCUUCUAAUUACCAUGCCAUUGAUGAGCACCCUCUGUUUGAGGAGAUUGAAGAGUUGUUGAAGGAAGUGGAAGUAACUCCAGCAGAAGUUUCAGAGGAGUUUUUGAGAAGUGAUGAUGUUGAUAUCGCUUUAGGUGGUCUUAUCCAACUUCUCCACAAUAAAAGAAUGGAAAUGAAAGAGGAGAAAGGCAGAGCAGAAAAUUCUGAGGACAACAAACAGGAAAAUGGAAGCAAAAAACAAAUAGUUGAAGGGAAGCAGCUAACUGACCAUGAUUCUGAUGCAGUAAUUAUUGGAUGAGGUUUCGGGACGGGAUGUCCAAUCUAAUGUACAUUUUAUAAGCAUUGCUCUACAGACCAAGUCAUGCUAAGCUCACCCAGAGCAGUGGUCAGCCAAAAUUACUAUUCUCUCAUCAUAGUCCAAAAAUUUUAAGCUCUCGACCACAGGUCUUGAAGAGUUGAUUCUAAGAAGCAUUUGUAUCUCCUGUACUGAAUAAAUUUGAAAUUAUUGUAAGAUGAUAACUUCUGCAUUGAAUAUAUUUCAAUGAUUUGUGU